CCGAGACCUUCACUCUGGAGGAGGAAAGCGAGUGUUUGGGUUGUUUAACGUUUCACCAAGGGACCUCCAACCCCUGUAUUUACCAACAACAGGCGUCUAUUUCCCAACACUGUACCGUCCUAGCACACGGACUCUCUAGUGAGAAAUCCCCUCUACCUCGACUAAUAAAUGCCAAGAGAAACAACCCAAGCGCCCAGAGAUAAGGAUCGCUGCUCCGAAUUUGACAGAAAGACUACACAGUCGGACAAACAGAGGGAAAAACAACAAAAGCGCACGCAUCGUCGCCGUUGCCUUUCUCAAUGCAUACCCUUUGUGCCCGGGGAACGAUGAAACCAGAGAUUAACGCCGCCGUCGGAUUUCUGUCGAGAUUUCUGAGGGUAAAAGGACACGUAAACGAUCGACAGGUCCAAACGUUCAGCCAAAGCUUACAGGACAUUUUGGCAGAGCAAUAUAAGCACCACUGGUUUCCAGACAGGCCCUGCAAGGGCUCAGGUUACCGCUGCAUUCGCAUCAACCACAAGAUGGACCCCCUGGUGUGGCAGGCAGGCCAGCGCAUCGGUCUGACCAUCCAGCAACUCUACCUGCUGCUGCCCAGUGAGCUCACGCUCUGGGUGGACCCCUUCGAGGUUUCCUACCGCAUUGGCGAAGAUGGAUCCAUCUGCGUCCUGUAUGAGUCGCAGCCUGGCCCGGGAGGAAUGCCAGCGACAGCCACCACCAGCUCCCCCUCAGGAAACAGUGGGGCAGUGAACCCUAUGGUGGACAGUCACAUCAGCUGCAAGGAGGAACUGAUGGUGCUGGGAAGAACCAGUCCCUCCAAAGGCUACAAUAUGAUGACUGUGUCUAGUUAAAGCGGCACAUAGUCACCCAGGCCUACUAUUGUUCAGGGUCAUGCCAUGGCUGGUCAUUUGGCUAGACCAGGGUGAGCCUUUUUAAAGCUAAGAAUAUGAAAUGAAAUAGUGAAAGAAUGGAAAAAAGAAAAAACAAAAGAAAAAACAAAAACAAACAAAAAAAGAAAACAGAGGAUGUGGCCUAUCGUCCAGGUGAUGGAAACCUUGUAGGUUUGCUAUUUUCUACCCUCUCUCCCCAUUAUCAUCUGUUCUGUUGUGUCAUUGGAUGAGCUGGGCACUCCAUUUUUUAGGAGAGGCUUUGUGGAAAUGGAACUGUUGGGGCAGCUAAACUAACAAACCAACCAACCAGGAACACCCAUGGAAACUGGCUCCACCUACCCCUGCACUCUCAACUGUAAACGCCGGUGAUCGGCUCUGUGUCCGAGGGGGCUAUCAGCAUUGACUUUGCACUUAUUUGUGGUUACUAUGGGUACAUGUUCAACACACCACUGCAGAAACAGCAGUCCAAAUUACAUGGAUACUUUUUUUCUUCGUUAAGAACUACCCCCGAAUCAGAAAAUUCAAAACUCUUUUUUUUUUCUUUUUUUUUUUUCCCCCCAGUUUGCUGUUUUUCAUUUAUUUUGCUUCCUGGGUGGGGAGGAAAUUGAGGUUCAGACUGUGCCCAGUGAAAUCCAAGCUCAAGGUAAAGAAACUCCCAAUGAGAGCAUCUCUAUUUUCUAUAAAAACCCUUUUUUGGACCACAGGGAAUAUAUUUUCUUUAUCUUUUAGCCAUUGGAUAAAAAAACAAAAAAAAAAA